GCGCAGCGGGGGAGAAAGGCUAGUGACGCCGGAGACCGGGUCGCGGAUUCUUUUUCAGUUGGGAACUGCCAGGUUACCCGCGCUGGCCCUGCCGCCCCAGUAGCGCCUAGCCGGACCCUGCCCUUUGUGUGCCUCUCAGUCGCACCAUGGAUCCUUCGGAGAAGAAGAUAUCCGUGUGGAUCUGCCAAGAGGAAAAGCUGGUGUCCGGCCUCUCCCGCCGCACCACCUGCUCAGACGUGGUACGGGUGCUUUUGGAGGACGGCUACCGGCGGCGACGCAGGCAGCGGCGAGGCCAGCGCCGGGGGAAGGCGGAGGACCCCUCCAGUCCGUUGGAGCAGCCCGAGCCCCCGGACGAAAACGACGAGGAUGACGACGACGUGAUGCCCCAGGGCAUGCUAUGUGGGCCCCCGCACUGCUAUUGCAUCGUGGAGAAGUGGCGCGGCUUUGAGCGCAUCCUGCCCAACAAGACGCGAAUCUUGCGCCUCUGGACCGCCUGGGGCGACGAGCAGGAGAAUGUGCGCUUCGUGCUGGUGCGCAGCGAGGCGUCGCUGCCCAACGCCGGGCCACGCAGCGCCGAGGCCCGGGUAGUGCUCAGCCGCGAGCGCCCCUGCCUGGCCCGGGGAGCCCCGGCGCGGCCCAGCUUGGCCAUGACCCAGGAGAAGCAGCGGCGGGUGGUGCGCAAAGCCUUCCGCAAGCUGGCCAAGCUCAACCGGAGGCGCCAGCAGCAGCCGCCAUCGCCUUGUUCGUCCACGUCGUCGUCCACCGCCUCGUCCUGUUCGUCGCCGCCUAGGACCCAGGAGAGCGCGUCGGUGGAGCGCAUGGAGACGCUGGUGCAUCUGGUGUUGUCGCAGGAUCACACUAUCCGCCAACAGGUGCAGCGGCUCCGGGAGCUGGACCGUGAGAUCGACCGCUACGAGGCCAAGGUGCACCUGGACCGCAUGCGGCGGCACGGGGUCAACUACGUUCAGGAUACUUACCUGGUAGGGGCUGGCAUCGAUCUCGAUGGGCCGGCUCCUGGAGAGGAACCCGAGGAGGCGACGCUGACGGAGAAGGGGACGGAGGCAGUGGCAUCCCUGGACAGCGAGGUUCAGGCGGCCGCGCUGGAGGAGCUGGCCCGGCGCUGCGACGACCUGGCGCGGUUGCAAGAGGAGCGCGCCCAACAGGAGGAGUUGCUGGAGCGCCUUUCCACCGAAAUCCAGGAGGAGCUGAACCAGCGGUGGAUGAGGCGACGCAAUGAGGAACUGGCGGCUCGAGAGGAGCCCCCGGAGCCCGACGGCGGUCGGGAUGGUGAGCUGUCGCUGGAGCAGGAGCGGGUCAGGACGCAGCUCAGCACUAGCCUUUACAUCGGGCUGAGGCUCAGCACGGACCUGGAGGCGGUCAAGGCUGACUUGGAUUACAGCCAGCAGCAGAGAGACAUUAAGGAGCGCGAGCUGCAGGGCCUUCUCCAGAGUUUGCGCACUUUGGAGCAGACGGUGGUGAAUGAUGGGGCUCUGGGUUCUGGCGGACCUUCACGGGAACCCCAGCCUCAGACCUGUGCAGAAAUGUGGGUAGACCAGGCCCGGGGAAUGGCUAAGAGCUGUCCCGGCAACGAUGAGGACUCGGAUACUGGGCUGAGCUCCAUGCACAGCCAAGACUCGGACUCGGUACCCCCUGUGUGCGAAUCCCUUGUGUAGGAGUAGUAGGGAGUGAGCCUAGACGCUUGCAGCAUGCACAGGCCUGACCUGCUCAAGGACAAGAAGUGAGGCCGAGGGGGUGAGCUCAGAGUUCCGCGGAAGGGUCUGAAGAGUGGAGAGGACACCUGCCAGGCAGCGUGCUCCUCUGACUCAGGAGUGUGUAGGAGGGCCCUGGGCAAGGAAGC